AUGAAGGCUGUCGCGGCCUUGUCGUGCGUGGCUGUAGCCAACGCGUUCAUCCUCCCCGAUCCGAAGAUAUUCGAGCAAGCGGCGAUUAAGAAUGGCGAUCAUCCAUCUUGGUGGGACCGCGUUCCAUCCAAGGACUCCAUCGUGAACACCGUCGAAGAGGGCGUUGACUCCCUUUCAUCCCACAUUGAGAGUGCUCUACACUCUUUCGAGGACACUGUCGAGAACAAGUUUGAGCACCUGUUCCAGGAAGAGAUCUUCAACGAACCCAGCGUUUCCGACAAAACAAUUUACGAGCUCAUUUCCGAGAGUGAACACACUACCAAGUUCGCGAAGUUGGUGAGCGAGUACGACGACAUUGUCGAUAUUUUAAAGAGUACCAAGGCGAAUCACACUCUUUUCGUUCCUACCGAUCAGGCGUUCGAGCACAUCCCUAAGCACAAGAAGCCUAGUAAGGAGGUCAUUGAGGCCAUCCUCAAGUACCACAUCGGUGUCGGUGAUUAUGAUGCCAAGCGGGUCUUGCACACCCACACCCUCCCCACGGUACUGAACGAGCCCUGGCUCGGUGACAAGCCCCAGCGUCUCCGCACGAGCGUCGGCCUCGGAGGAGUCCGUAUCAACUUUUACAGCAGGGUCGUUGCCGUUAACAUCCGUGCCAAGAACGGAAUCAUCCACGCUGUCAACAGCCUUAUCAUCCCACCUCCCCUGGUCGGCCGCGAGCUCACUCUUCUUCCCAGCCAAUUUUCGACUUUGCUCCUUGCCUACGAGAAGACAGACUUUGUCAAGUAUAUCCACGGUGUCAAAUCGACCGGUACAACCGUCUUUGCCCCGUCCAACAAUGCCUUUGCCCGCUUGGGACCUAAGGCCAACGCCUUUUUGUUCAACACCGAGACUGGUUUGAAGUUCCUCAAGGCGCUGUUGAAAUACCAGAUUGUUGCCAACACCACCCUUUACAGCGACGCUCUGUACCGCCCUGAUAAUGGGGAGGCCAAGGUCAUGGAGCACUAUCACGUAGACCUGCCCACCUUACUUGAUGGCAAGAACAUUGCGGUCGAUAUUGCCACUUGGGGAGGAUGGUCCCGUGUUAAGCUCAACGGGUACAUUCCUAUUGUUGUGGCUGAUGGAAUUGCGAAGAAUGGUGUCAUUCAUGUCCCUGGUCGUGUCCCUAUUCCUCCCCACAAGCACAAGGUUGAUAACGUGGACGGUGAGAUUAGCGUCGAGGAAUUGAAGGAGAGGCUGUCCGACUACGUUGAGAAGGAUGAGCAGGACAACUCCCAAUGGUCUGCUGAGCUCUAG